UUCUAGAUCUAGAUCUAGAAUCGAGAUCUUAUAGCCUAACUUUUAAUCUGAAAACCAUGCAGAGGAUUUUUGGGUCCCAGUUUCUGUUUCUUCCAAUGUUAACUAGAAGCAGUUCCACCUUGUUUAAAAUAAAGCCUCCUAAAUAUGCUAGACAGUUACAUUUCAUCAAACAUGCCACCAGCAUGUACAUUCUACCUAUUUUAAUGAAAACAGAAUUCAGUUUAUCCAGAAAGACAAGCACAUUAAGGAUGAAGGAUAAAAUUUUACAAGAAGAUAUUAAAACUAAACCAUCAUCAAGGCUUGUAUGGAUUGAUCUUGAGAUGACAGGCCUUGAUGUUGAUAAAGAAAGAAUUAUUGAAAUUGCUUGUGUUGUAACAGAAGAGGAUCUUACAGUUGUUGACAAGUGCCCAAGUAUCAUCAUCCAUCAGGAUGAUGAGCUCCUGAAUCAGAUGAGUGAUUGGUGUGUUGAACAUCAUGGAGAGUCUGGUCUGACAAAUGCUGUGAAACAGAGUAAAAUAACAACAGAAGAAGCAGAGCAGAUGGUGCUGGAGUUCUUGUUAAAACACACCACCCCUGGAACCUGCCCCUUAGCUGGGAACUCUGUGGGCAUGGAUAAAAGGUUUAUAGACAAAUACAUGCCUCGGCUAUCACAGCAUCUUCACUACAGAAUUGUUGAUGUGAGCACUGUGAAGGAAUUGUGUCGACGAUGGUAUCCUGAAGCGUUCAAUAUGGCUCCAAAGAAAAAACUAUCACACAGGGCAUUAGAUGACAUCCUAGAAAGUCUUGAUGAACUCAAAUAUUAUCAAUCUGUGAUUUUCAAAUAAUUUAUUUGAAUAUGCUACAAAAGAACAAACAUUUCUUCAUCUGAAUGCAGACUACAUUUGGAUAAAUUCCCGCCAAUUGUUUUAAAUUAUGUCUUCAAAAUAGUUGAAAAUUGUGAUGUUCUAAAUUACUAAAAUGUUUUAA